AUGCUCUGGUCUCGGCACUUCUCCAACACGGUGCAAAUCCAGAUAUUCAGGGGAUCCAUGGAUGAUCAUGCGAGUCGAAUGGCGCACUACGUAAUCGUGGAAUUACUUAAUAAUGCUGCAAUCGAUGAUGCCCGGAAGUUUGAAAGCAUCGGUAUUGGAAAUAAGUUUGGUGACAGACUCAAACUUCUCGUCAUGGCGAAGAUUCGUCGCGGGGGAAGCGGAUUUAUCAAUAUUCGCAAAGUCAAUGGCUUUCACCCAAGCUAUUACCCAAGCUAUGCGAUAAAGCAUCACCCGCAUAUUGAUAUUUUGAGGCAGAUCCAUAUCUUGAUAGGAGCUGAAACUUGUGGGAUGAUCAGAGGGGACUGGAAAGAAGAAACUUGGAUGAAAGUAUUAAGGCGCCGUUGCCAUGAGGAAAAGGUCAAAGCAUUGUCAGGCCAAAAAUCGUCCAGACUUAAGAAGGUUUUGCCAUACUACCAAGCUCUCUAUUCUGAAACCUUGCUUGCCCUAGAAAAUGGUGUCAACCUUCUUAUUUCAAAUCCAGAACAAGCCAAGAAACCAUCCACAGCGCUCUACGAAGCCCUGCUCACCAGCGGUGGGAGCGAGAUUUGUAACAGUGCCACGCUCAUCUUACAUCAAAUCGUUCGUCUCCGCACUCGAUACUGGCCUACAUUUGCAGUCCCGAAGAACGAGGCUGCUCGAAAGGAAGCCGCGCGUGAUACAUUCCAAUUCACCGAGAAUCUGCACGAAGCUGCUGAGCAACGCAACAACACGGUGUUUGCGGAGAUCAUUCAGCAAGGAGCAAGUUUUUCUCCUGGGGUGAAUGGUGAAUAUGUGCUGGGCUUGGAUGAAGCCGGCGACGCGUUUGUCGCCAUCGCUACGAAUAUCGAAACACUUCUCAUGGAUCUUCUGGAAAAGGCAAAACCAUUCUAUGCCUUGGAGGCGGAAGAGAUAUUGUUGAAUGUUGAAUAA